AUGGCUAUUCUCGCAAAACUCUUUAAAAGUAUUAACAUUGAAUUGGACCACGUGCAUCCUCGUAAGAAACAACAAGUGAAAAUGCCAACACAACAACCAAUCAAACAACAACCUCAACAACCACAAACCACUGUUACGACUCACUUGAAGAUGGACACAGAAGCUUCACAACCUCAUCACUCCGAAGUAGACUCAAUCGUUCAACAAGUGAAAAGUUUGUCACUCGCUGAUACUAAACCCAUUGUUGUUGUUUCAUCGUCAUCUUCACCCAUAAAAGUUCAACAAGUGGGACCAAUGUCGAAACCUCUGCAAAAGAAGAAGAAACCAAACUUGCAUGUGAACACUGAAAAGAGCUCAAGUAAUAAGAGAACAGUUCCACCUUAUGCCAUCUCACUUCCUCGUAAAUAUCAUGCUUCGGAGCAAUUACCGGGUGAUGUUAUCCGAAAUGUGUUCAUGCAAUGGAUUUCCACGACAGAGUAUUCGAAAUUUUAUGAAAAGUAUCAAUAG